AUGCCUUCAUCAACAAAUGAUGUUAGAUCCUACUCUCAAUCUAAAUUGAGCAUGUUAGAAUUUGGAAGUUAUAUGAUUAUUGUUGGUGGAAUUGGUUUCAGUUUUUUUCCUUAUUCAGUAUCAUCCCUUGUUGGAUUAAAAACUACCGAUGAUACUUAUAUUCGCUUGUUUGGUUUACUUGCUGGUAUCUUGGGAAUCAACUAUUUUGUCAUGGUUGAAACAAGCUGCCAUUAUUUUCUUCAAACUCUCUAUUGCUAUGCGAUAUUUAGCAACAUUAUUUAUGUCAUAUUUAGUGAUUACUGGGAUAUCACAUCGGAAUUUGCUACUGUUCGCGCUUGGAGACGUAUCAGCGGCGACCUGGACACUUGUCGCACUUUGGUAUGA